GGCUACGUCACAUCCGGCUUUGGUCAACGAGCGGCGGAGCGUCACAGCUAGCGGGCGAUCAGUGGAAGUCGACGCCACGUUUUGGGUUUUUAGUAGUUGUUAAAUUGACUUGAACGAAGCUCGGUGCAUUCUCUGCGGUGUUUUUUUUUUAUGCCUUCUUCGUGUUUUUGUCUUUGUAUUAGCCGCGUAAGUCGUGAAAACUAGAGUUUAGGUCAAAAGGAGGAGCACGUUGCCUCCGUUGUCGGACACCGAACGGGGUCAGCAAGUAACAAGAAGCGCGCUAACUAGCUUUAGCACGACAAUCACUUCGUCCCAAACUCAGGAUGCCAUGCCACAAUCAGCAACUGAACAAUGUAAGCAGCGGCCAAGAGCAUCCAAUGAAGCAGGUUCGGUUUGCCAACAACAGCAGUAGCAGUGUGCCUGCAGUACUAACCAGCAGCGCCGAACCGGGUGAUGGUGUUACUACGCAACAAUCUGUCCCUGUCAGCCAUGACCACCUGAACCUGGGACCCCAGCUCAAACUGCUUCCUCUGAACGACCAGGUCCGAGAGCUACAGACGAUCAUCAGAGACAAAACAACCAGCAGAGGAGAUUUUGUUUUUUGUGCGGACCGACUGAUCAGACUAGUAGUUGAAGAGGGCUUGAAUCAGCUUCCGUUCUCUGAGUGCACUGUGACCACUCCAACAGGGUACAAGUAUGAAGGUGUCAGGUUUGAACGAGGCAACUGUGGAGUCAGCAUUAUGAGGAGUGGUGAGGCCAUGGAGCAGGGUCUCCGAGACUGCUGCCGCUCCAUCCGCAUCGGAAAGAUCCUCAUCCAGAGUGACGAGGAGACCCAGAAGGCCAAAGUCUACUAUGCUAAGUUCCCCCCAGAUGUGUACCGAAGAAAAGUGCUGCUCAUGUACCCAAUUCUCAGUACAGGGAACACCGUGAUCGAGGCGGUGAGGGUGCUGAUAGAACAUGGAGUUCAGCCCAGACAUAUUAUCCUCCUCAGCCUCUUCUCCACUCCGCACGGAGCCAAAUCUAUAAUCCAGGAAUUCCCAGAGAUCACCAUCUUGACCACAGAGGUGCACCCAGUCGCUCCAACACAUUUUGGACAGAGAUACUUCGGCACGGACUGAAAUGAGGAAUACCUGAGGAACACGAUCAGCAAAGUGUUUUGGCUUUAUCUUGGAUCUCAUGUUCUCCUUGUUGUGCCACGUACUGCUACUUAACUUACGUUUCGAAAGUGAAUCCAAAUCAAUAAUCAUACUGUUUGUAUUUAUUGCUUUUUGCCAUUUGUGUGUAGAGAGAAAACCACAAAGAUGAAAAUGUGGAUCGUUUUAUUUUGCAUGUUAACCAGUGGAUCAAUAAAGAAUUUAUUUGUUUAC